GUUGUUUCCAUCAGAUUCUGGCACUGAGAAGUGGCGUGACUCUAAGGAAAUGGAGAAGCAGCAGCUUGGCCCUCUGGAUGAGGAACUGCUGACAACCAGUCAUAGCAGGUGCUCCAUCAAAGGCUUUGGCUUCCAACCAAAUUCUGGAUUCAGUAGAUUCACAGGGUUCCUGGGCCACAACCAUGUCCCCUUGGCACUGCAGGUGUUCUUCCUCACUGUAUUCUCUGUGCUACUGGUUGUCAUCCUUGUCAAAGUCAGCAAGAUCCCCAGUUCUCAGGGUCAGGAGGAUUCCAAUCAGAAGAAUGUCUACCAGGAACUGACCCAGUUGAAGGCUGGGGUAGAUCGCCUGUGCCGCUCCUGCCCCUGGGACUGGACAACCUUCCAAGGAAGCUGCUACUUUUUCUCUGUGGUCCAGAAGUCUUGGAAUGAUUCUGCCACUGCCUGCCACAACAUGGGGGCUCAACUUGUGGUCAUCAAGAGUGAUGAAGAGCAGAACUUUCUACAAACAACUUCUAAGAAGAGAGGCUACACUUGGAUGGGGCUCAUUGACAUGAACAAGGAAUCCACAUGGCACUGGAUAGAUGGUUCACCUCUGACACUCAGUUUCAUGAAGUAUUGGAAUAAAGGGGAACCUAACAACCUUGGAGAGGAAGACUGUGCAGAGUUCAGAGAUGAUGGCUGGAAUGACACCAAAUGUAACAACAAGAAAUUCUGGAUCUGCAAAAAGCUUGAAACAUCCUGCCCUGGCAAGUGAUGGCCAACUCCCUCCACUAUCCCCACAGUCCCCAAACCCUGCCAGAUGGCAGAGCUUCACCCAUAGCUAUGCCAGGUUAUUCUACUUGUCUGUGGCCAUUGAUAACCUUGACAGGGUCUGUAAGACUUUUCUCUGGCAGGUCGCUUGUCUCCUGCAUUGCUCCUGGGUCCAGCUUGUCUCCUGGACCAGUGCUGUAUAGUCUUCAUAUGUCUGCAGGUUCUCUUUGGGUUAGCGGCUGUGCCUCUGGUCCACCUUUGCCAUUUACUGAAGUGAACAGACAUGAGGUCCUUAAAUGGGUUCCUUUCAUGUCCUCUGUCUUCCUUUCUGUGUUCAGACCAUGUAUUGCCAUGUGCAAUUGAUGACACAUCCUAUGUGGCUUCAUAACAUUUCUGAGUACUUUACUCUCACCUACUAAAUUUUCGUUCAUCUACCCUGCAUGCCUUUCAGUGGACCCUUCUCUGAUUUCAGGAGCAAAACCUGUAGGCUAAAAGCACAAGAGGACCAAUUCCUCAACUAUUAGUCAUGAUCUGAAAUUAUUGUGUUAACACCCUGACUCCAUUUCCUCCCCUUGGUGGACAUGGUGACUCUCAAUGUUAUAGACCCUGAGAUUGACCCCCCAAAUUUUUGGAGGACUUAUAAUUUGUGUUGAAUUUGCUCACUGACAAUUUAAUACUUAUGUCCAUAUAAUUAUAAGUAUAAAUGAACUUUCUGAUUAUUGCCACCCUUCACCCAUCCUGAAUCCCUCUCUUUCUUGCUUCUUCUUUUCUCCAUUUAUGACCUCUUGUUUGGUUCUUGACCCACUGAAUUUAACCAGGGCCAUCUGUCUGACGAUGGGUUUGAAACUCUCCAGUAGAGUCUGGUGGGAUCAUCAUCAAGUGAAGAAAAUGGCUAUCCCUCUCCCAAAAUCUACCAGUAGUCAAUAAUCUAGCAAGGAGAGAAAGGACCCCAUGAGCUUUUCCCUGAUCCAUAACUUACUGUUGGGAUGCCAGAUUUUGUGCAGCCUCAGCCACUGUGAGAUCACAUCUGCACCAAAAAGCAAAAAAAAAAAAAAAACAGAAUUUCACAGCUCUUCUCCAGCUCUUAUAUAUUUCUGCCCCCUCUUUCACAUCAUUCCCUGAAAUCUUCUUUAUUCAAAAAAUGAACAUGGUGCUCCAGCAGAUAGGAGUUCUGCUCUCAGUUCCUUCCUGUCCUAGAUCACUGCAUCAACUGCCUUCUAGUCAGACUUCCUGGUGAAGCUCACACAGAUGAGAUGUAGCCAUGUUUGGGUCAGCAUGGGACAACUAUGCGGGAUCCUCCAGGCUCCAUAGCACCCGUGGCUGCUAACAGACCUACAUUCUAGGCCUGUUCUUCUGCUAGUCUUGCUUCUCUUUUAUGAAAUAAUUAAAACAUGAGUCUUUGUCUAUGUUGGGUUUCUUUUCUAAUUUACAAUAUGUACCACUGACCAUCAUUGCAUUUAUGCCAAAGGGUGACUUGGUGUAGAAUAGAAAAUCUCAGCAUGGGGCAAGGCACCAAGAAAGCCAAGAGGUGAUUAAAUCCUGGAAUGUUCAUCCACACCCACCACCAUCCAGGCAUGUGGAGACUGGACUUUUGUCACUCUCCAAGGCCAUAAGAAAAACACAUUUUGAUAGACUUCCUCUUCCUCCACUGGGGCUGACCACCAAAAAUUAUUCUCUACAGUUUGAAUAGAGAAUUGAAUGCUAAAUUGUAUCUCACUUAAGUCAACUUUCAACAUGUAGUAUAGCUCAGAGACACAUUCCACAGUACCUCUCAGGGGCUCUUGCUUAUCUGAGUCUUAGUUGUCCACAUAAUAAUCACAAACCUACCCAUGUUCAUGCCCUGGUGUCUUUUCUUUCUCUUCCUGGUUCUCUUGAUUUUUCUCCCACUUUCACUGCUAUGUUGUACAUUCUCCCCUUAGAUAAAUUACUGAUAUCUAGAUACUUGUCUUAGGCUCCACUGAUAAAGAAACCCAAACAAAAUUUGAAGAAUGUUUUCAUGAGUAUCUGUACUGGCUGGUUUUGUAUGUCAACUUGACACAAAAUAGAAUUAUCACAGAGAGAGGAGCUUCACUUGGGGAAGUGCCUCCAUGAGAUCCAGCUGUGGGGCAUUUUCUCAGUGAUCAAGGUUGGGAGGGCCCCUUGUAGGUGGCGCCAUCUCUGGGCUGGUAGUCCUGGGUUCUAUAAGAGAGCAGGCUGAGCAAGCCAGGGGAAGCAAGCCAGUAAGAAACAUCCCUCCAUGGCCUCUGCAUCAGCUCCUGCUUCCUGACCUGCUUGAGUUCCAGUCCUGACUUCUUUUGGUGAUGAACAGCUGUGAGGAAGUGUAAGCUUAAUAAACCCUUUCCUCCCCAACUUGCUUCUUGGUCAUGAUGCUUGUGCAGGAAUGCACACCCUGACUAAGACAGUGUCCAUCACUCAUGGUUCUCCACCUCAUUCAUUCUUGUGCAAUUUUUCCUUCAGAUGAGGUUGCGGAUCCAUACGUUAAUGUGUCCUGUGUGCUAUGUGUAUAUGCAUAUAUGUGUAUAUAAUGUGUAUUUAUGUGCAUGUGCUAUAUGUAUAUGUGUAUUUCUGUAUACAUCCUGUGAAUGGUGCAUGUAUAUGUAUGUGUGUGUGUGCUAUGUGAUAUGUGUGUGCAUAUGUUAAGGAGUGCAUGUAUGUGUGUUAUAUGGGUUUGUGGUGUGUGUAUAGUGUGUGCUCUGUAUGUUCAGGUGUAUAUGUGUGUGAGGGAUGUAUGUAUGUAUCUGUGUGGGUGGUGUAUGAAUGCAUACCCAUUUUUGUGUAGAUGUGUGCAUGUGUGCAUGUGGGUAUAUGGAGGUCAAAGGUCAAAAUCAGUUGUCUUUCUCAGUUGCCCUCCAUCUUGUUUUUUGAGAAGGAUCUUUCACUGAACCUGGCACCCAUUAGCUGGUUAGAAUGUCUGAACAAUCAGCUUCACAACUCCCUCUUUCUCUGCCCCCACCACAGUGUUGGGCUCACUCUAGAGCUCCAUCAGGCUCCGGUGUCACCUGACUUUUACCUGGGUAUUGGAGAUCUGAACUCAAGUCCUUAAGCCUGCUCAUCAAGUGCUUCAGCCAUUGAGCCAUCUCUCCAGCCCUAGACCUUCCUUUUGGUUUGUUUAGGGGGCCAUAAAUCAUUUUAGGAAAGAUUGUCCAAAAAAAUUAAAGACAUAGACAGGUAGUAGAAUUGCUCCCCUGGAAUCUGUCCUCACCGCAGGAGGUCUUCUUUGGACCUGGCCUCAGGCAAUAGACUCAGAUAAAUAAAUACUUACAUUUGAAGUUGCAAAGCUCCGAGCAGCCUCAGCAGCUUGUGUUACACUCCCUGCUUAGGGAAGGUUUUUCGGUCCUUGCCUCACCUUCAGCAAAUUCCUCUUAGGCCAAAGCAGCAUUAUUGCAGAUCUAUCAAGGUGUCGUUGAAAAUAAAGUUCAAAUUUAAGAUUUAUGAAAGGUUGAUGAGGCUAUGGAACUUAUGAAGUCAUUAAAAUCUGGCCUGCCUACCUCAUAGACUUAUUAUGGAUUUGGAGAAUUGCUUUUAUGUAUUCCUUUGCAUCCUAAUGAAUGUAAAGGGUUUGUGAAACGCUAUCAUUGGAAAGUUUGCCUCAAGGAAUGGCUAAUAGCUCACCUUAUGUGAGAAAAAAUGUUUUUUGUCUCAGCUUCAAUACAAGAAGCUAGGACUUUGAAUCUUUCAGUGUAUAUUAUUCAUGGAGUUUCAUUCCAGGCCUUUGCUCUUACAACAGAACCACUACUGUGGAUUCAUCUUUUUUCAUCUCCAAAGAAAGUUUUAACACCUUAUUAUGAAGCUGCUGCUGUGUUAAUACAGAAUUGUGUGAUAGAAUCAAGAAAAUAUUUUGGGAAAGAACCUGAUGAAAUAUUUAUUCCUUAUUCCAAACAACAGUUAAAUUGGUUAUUGCAAAAUACUGAUAUUUGGCCUAUUGCAUGUGCAAAUUUUCUGAGCAAAAUUGAUAAUCAUUGUCCUAAAGACAAAUUGUUACAAAUGAAGUCCAUUGCUCCAAACACAAUGGACUGAUGCUCUUUAUGAUACUAUUCAAAUUAUUAGACAGCAGGUCCAAAGUUUAAAAGUAAGAAGUCAUUGAGUGCCAUGCUACGUACGAAUGGAUUUGUGUUACUUCUAAAGUUCACGAUGAUAGUCACUAUAAUCAGGAAAAAGUUCAAAGACACUUGCAAGGGUAUUUUGCAUAAUUCCAACAUAUCUCUAGAUGUUUCAGCUUUGCAUAUUGAGAUUAUGAAUUCAAAGAAUGUUGUUCCACUGAGCUUUAAUGCUGCCGAUAUUGCUGGCAAAAUUAUCCAUAGCCUGAAGUCGGUAUUUCCAUCCUGGUCAAGCUUUAAGAAUAGCAUAUAUAGCUUGAUCAUGCUAGCCUUUCUUGUCCUGGGCAUACUUCUAUUCCUGCCCAUUGUGUUAAAGCUUGUCUUUAACAAUAUUAAUCUGUUGGCUGCCAAGGUACAUGGCUUGAAACUGAGAAAGAACCCCCAAACAGAGUCACUAAUAUAACAGGCUGGAAAGCCAAGGAUGGGUAAGAUUCUACACAAAGCCUUACCGACCUAAGACAGAGACAUGCGCCAAAAGGCUGUGUUUAUUAAUACAUACUAACAAGACAGUGUUUGUUCAAUUAACACAAACAAGCUGUGUGUGAUCUUGACGAAGGGUAAUGAAGGCCCUCUUGUGAGAAUGACCUAAGACAGGCUCAGCCUUGUUUAUGAAAUAAAAAAGGGAGAGAUGUGGAGAGCCUUAUUGGGGUGCUGUGCUGCCUGGCAAUAGCCUGAUACUGACCAAGGACAAGGGCUCAAGCAGGAAUCUGACAUUAGGGCAUAAUAAGGAAGUAGGUUACGGCAGAAGCAAGCUUCAGGAAAGAUUCUGGGCUUGGACAAGGAAGUAGGCUCAGGUAUUUUGGUCAUCCUUACAUACCCUUGGAAACAACUGUCACUGAAGUGAUGUGGGACUUUGCUUACUGCCUAGACAAUUUUGUGUUUACUGUCUUGCUUAUUCUUCAUUGUGCCACUAUUGAUCUCAAUUCCUGCAUGUAAUUAAAAUGGUAUAAAAGGGGAUUGAAAAUUA